AUGACUUGGCAGUCUGCAGCUCGGGGGGGCUUCCUCCGCACCCUGCACCGCGGUGCUCUCCCUCCCCGUACUGGCGUGAACGACUUGCAGAAUCAGCUUAGUCGCAUCUGUCUAACCGUUAACUCUGGGUCGAUGCGUCCGCAAGCCCAACCCGUUUCCUCCAUCCGUUCCCUAUUCCAGUCUAAUUCAUUCGCUACUGCUUCUACCCCUCCCAAGGCGACUAAGACGCCUAAGGCGAAGAGCACCAAAAAAGCCGGCAUCAAAGCGAAGAAGCCGCAUCUCACCGAGGCACAACAGGAAAAUCGGAAGAUCAAGCAACUCCGGGCUCAGAUCAGAGAACUCAAGGCGACUGCCCUGAUCCGCCCGCCUAAGAAGCUGCCUACCUCUGCUUACAGUCUUGCUUUGUCUGAGAAGCUGCGCGCGAUCAAAGGUCAAUACCCGGUCAAGGAAGCUUUUAUGAUUGGCGUAGAGCAUUCCACAUCCCUCAAUCCUCAAGAUGAGGAGAGACUCCAAGCCCAGGCUAAGGUGAACAUAGCUGCUAACGCUGUUGCCUACGAGUCGUGGGUCAAGUCGCACACUCCCCUUCAGAUCAAGGAUGCCAACACUGCCCGCCUAUCCCUUUCACGUCUUGUCGACAAGAACUACCCUUCCAUCAAAGAUGACCGUCUACCCAAACUCCCGAAAUCUGCCUACCUCUUAUACUUGGGAGACCGCCUCGAAACCAUUGAUUACCAGGGGAAGCCCGGAACAGAGGCAUUCACACUUAUUGCCCACGAUUGGAAUGAACUACCCGAAUCAGAGAAAGAACGCUACUACAAAUUGCAAAUCGAAGAUCGCCAACGGUAUGAGAGAGAGCACGAGGAGGCGUACGGAUUCCCAGCACCCAAGAGCCGACAUCAAUCACCCGAAGUCUCGCUUUCAACCUGA